AUGAUGGGUGUCGCUGUAUGGGCUGUCAGUGGAUACCGCGUCGAAUGGCCAGUAUGGAACGCCUGGCUCCCGUCUCUUGGCAUCGAGGAGAACAACCGGUAUGAUCAACUGAACAAGAUCGACAGUUAUCUGUGGAAGGAGCGGCAUAAAGGAGGGGAACAGGUGAAGCGGAUGUGGUGGAAUCUUGAGUUCAUCUGGCCGACCCACCAGAACGUUGCCAUCAAUUGGAACGUAUCCGUGGACGCGGUCUUGCUGGAGAUUGGGAGGAGGAGGUUGACGGCCGACUUCUCAAACCUCAACCUCCAUCAGGCGGAACAAGACGGUCAAACGGCACACAGCCGGUUCGACCAUGUACAAGUCCCGGAGACGGAGAAGGGAAAGGAGUUCCGGGUGUGGUUGCAGGAGCUCGGGCUGGCGAACAUAGAAUGGGUCACUGAGAUCAUGCUCAGAUAA